AGGUGACCAAUGGGGAGGCGGCGCCAGGACCGACAGUUCGAGCAACCUUUCGGCAGGAGGCAUGUGCCGCGCGGCCCGCCCCCUGCCCGCAGCCGCGAACGGCCAGCGCCCCGCAGCGCCCAGCAGCGCCUGCCAGUGGCCGCGGGGCCAAUGCGGCGCGGGGGGCGGGCUGCGGGGCGGGGAUUGUUUACGUCUCGCUCCGGAGCGGAAAGUAGGUCACGGCCGCCCGGCGGAGCGCGGCGGCAACCGAGCAGUGGCAGAGCUCAGGCAAGCUUGCACCUUUGGCCGGGGCCGGCAUAGCUGGCUGAGGAUGGAGCACAGAGCACGGGAGCACUGCCUCGUGUCUUCUCUGCUCAGAGCCUGGGUGUUCCUCCAGAUCCUGUCCACCAUGGCCAGGCGCCCUCGGAGCAGCAGAGCUUGGCACUUUGUCCUGAGCGCAGCCCACCGAGACGCGGAUGCCCGGGCUGUGGCUCUGGCGGGGACCACUAACUGGGGCUACGACUCAGAUGGGCAGCACAGUGACUCCGAUUCCGACCCUGAGUCCCCCACCCUGCCGCCGCCCAUCCCCAGCGCUGUGCCUGUGACCGGGGAGUCCUUCUGUGACUGUGACGGCCAGAGCGAGGCCUCCUUCUGCAGCAGCCUGCACACGGUGCAUCGCGGCAAGGACAAGGACUGCCGCUGCGGGGAGGAGGACGAGCAUUUUGACGGGGUGUACGACCUGAAUAAGUCCUCGGCCACCCUGCUGAGCUGUGACAACCGAAAGGUCAAUUUCCACAUGGAGUACAGCUGUGGCACGGCAGCCAUCAGGGGCACCAAGGCUGGGGAGGGCCAGCACUUCUGGGAGAUCAAGAUGACCUCACCGGUCUACGGCACCGACAUGAUGGUGGGCAUCGGCACGUCAGACGUGGACCUGGACAAGUACCACCACACGUUCUGCAGCCUGCUCGGCAGAGAUGAAGACAGCUGGGGUCUCUCCUACACGGGGCUCCUCCAUCACAAGGGCGAUAAGAUAAGCUUCUCGUCGAGGUUUGGCCAGGGCUCCAUCAUCGGCGUGCACCUGGACACCUGGCACGGGACGCUCACCUUCUUCAAGAACAGGAAGUGCAUAGGCGUGGCGGCCACCAAGCUGCAGAACAAGAAGUUCUACCCGAUGGUGUGCUCCACGGCGGCCAAGAGCAGCAUGAAGGUGAUCCGCUCGUGCGCCAGCGCGACCUCCCUGCAGUACCUGUGCUGCCACCGCCUGCGCCAGCUGCGGCCCAACUCGGGGGACACGCUCGAGGGGCUGCCCCUGCCGCCCGGCCUCAAGCAGGUGCUGCGUCACAAGCUCGGCUGGGUCCUGAGCAUGAGCUGCGGCCGCCACAAGCCCCCCGCACCAUGCCCCGUGGCCACCGGCGCGAGCGUCCCCGAGCCCCGGCCCCACCCACGGAAACGCUGCCGACGGACCUGACCGCUUUCCGGGGACGCCGCCUUCCCGGGGCCUGGUGGCCGCCCUGCUCCACGCCCCUUCAGACUGGGCUCCAGAGGGCAGACUCAUGCCCAGGGCGGUCUUGGCUGGUACGGGCCCCUGUGGUCCCAGGAGCAUUGGCCUCUGGUGUUGUGCGGACGUGACCAGCCCGGCUGUCCCGGACCGACAGGGCCGGAGGACACGGGCAGAGGCAGCCCCCAUGCUUGCUGCCGGCCCGCUCGCGUCCUUCAGCUGCUCGUGCAUGUCGUCAGCCGCUGUCCCUCCUGUCCCAGGCCGAAAUGACCGUAAUAAACUUAGACUC